GCCUUCAAGAGCUCACGUUCGGAGUUGGCGUCGACCAGUCAAAUUCAUUCUCCCACAUACACACACAGGGUCAUGAGCUCCAACGGCAGCAACACGGCCAACAGCACGACCGGGAUCUUAAGCAACGGUAAGAAUGACUACGGCAGCACGAGCUACAACCAAGUGAUGGUGGACGUCAAGGACGCCUACAGUCAAGGUAACGCCGAGAAGUCGCGGCUGCUCCACCAGCUAAAGACUGACAUGGGAAGCCACACGCACGCUAUGGAGAACCACAUGACGGGCGGCAAACACAUCAAGAGCGCUGUGUACGGUGGUCUGGACGGUAUUAUCACCACGUUCGCCACUGUCACCUCUGUGGCCGGCUCGGGACUGCCACACUCCGUUAUCCUCAUUAUCGGCCUGGCCCACUUGGUGGCCGACGGCCUGAGUAUGGGCCUCGGUGACAUGCUCAGCUCCCAGGCUGAAGCCGAUCUGGCCAACCACGAGCGCUCACGGGAGCAGUGGGAGUUCGAAAACUACCCUGAAGGCGAGAUCGAGGAGAUGGUGGAGCUGUACGAGAAGAAGGGCAUCUCCACAGACGACGCGCUGCUGGUGGUGCACACGCUGGCCAAGUAUAAGGAAGCUUUCAUUGAUAUUAUGAUGGUAGAGGAGCUCAACAUCAUGCCGGUGGACGACGACUCGCCUUUGACGGGCGGCGUCAUCACGUUCGUGUCCUUCAUGUUGUUUGGCAUCAUUCCGCUGCUCUCGUACCUUGUGAACUUAUUCCCGGGCAUUAACAUGAGUCCAGAGGCAACGCUGUAUCUGUCCUGCUUUCUCACUGUCGUCACGCUGUUCCUAUUGGGCGCUGUGAAGGGCAAAUUCGUCGGCCAGGAGAUGUGGAAGUCGGGUGGCUCCAUGGCCAUCAACGGUACUAUUGCCGCUGCGUGCGGAUGGGUCAUUGGCUACUUGUUGCAGCUCACGGGUAUCCAAAACAUUGGAUAAAAGCUGCAUGGACACAAAGAACGUGACUGGGUACUUUGUAAACACCGACUUAUGAAAAAAUCACUUUUG